GGAUUACAAACGUGGAAUUUCAGAUUUCGUCUGGUAAGCAACGCGACACGUCGUCGUUUUGACACAGUCGGUUCAAUUCUUCAAUCCAUACCGUGAUUCUGAAUCAUUUCCUUCCCUUUACCUCAAUUUCGUUUUCAGAAUUUCGUCAACGAACCUCACUCUGCUCUGUUUCCUCAUGUCAUCAUGGCCUCAGGUUCAGAUUUUGCUUUAACUGUCCCUUCUGAACUGGAAUCAGCUUUGAAGUUGAAGACCGUUAACUACUUUGUUACAAGGAGGCCAUGGCUUGAUCUUUAUGGAGUUAAUGUAAGACCUGUUGCGCCGUUUGGAAGUACAAGUAGAAAGCCUUAUGUGGAUUCCGCACUUAUACACCGCGCCUUACCAGAUGAGCUGCUCUUUGAGGUCUUUGCUCGAAUGACUCCAUAUGAUUUGGGAAAAGCAUCUUGUGUAUGUAGGAAGUGGCGGUAUACAGUCCGUAACCCUGCAUUUUGGCGCAAUGCAUGCUUGAAGGGUUGGCAGCUCUCUGGAGCGGUUGAGAACUACCGGAUACUUCAAUCAAAAUACGACGGCUCAUGGCGGAAAAUGUGGCAUUUACGACCAAGGUUGCGAACUGAUGGUCUUUAUGCAAGUAGAAAUACCUACAUUCGGGCUGGAGUUGCAGAAUGGAAAAUCACUAAUCCAGUUCACGUGGUCUGUUAUUUCCGGUACCUGAGAUUUUUUCCUUCUGGGAGAUUUCUUUACAAGAAUUCUUCUCAAAAGAUCAAGGAUGUCGUGAAGUGCAUGAACUUUCGAUCAUCUAAAGCAGACAGUGUCUUUGGUGGGCACUACACAUUGACAGAUGACAAGGUUGAAGCUGCUGUCUUGUAUCCAGGCAUGCGACCUACUGUUUUGAGGAUGCGCUUGAGGUUAAGAGGAACAACAACAGGGGCAAACAAUAGGAUGGAUUUGAUCUCACUUGUCACUAGUGGUGUGAACACUAACGAGGCAAGUGCAUAUGAGGAGGACAUUCUUGGAGUCGUUGAGGGAUGGCAGGAUGAUGAAACACACAAUCCAGAUGUGCCAGCAGUCUCGCAUAAAAGGGGCAUGACCCCUUUUGUCUUUGUUCCAUUUGAUGAGGUGGAGACAUCUGUUUUGAAUUUGCCCGUGGAGAAAAUGGAUUUUUACGUUCCUGGUUGAAUGAUGCCCUAAGAUAUAUCUGGUUCAGUUGUAAAUAUUAUGUAUGUUCAAAUAUAAGGCCAUAAUAAUGUGUACUUACAUGCAUGUACAACUAAGGAGUGACGUGAUUUGAUUCUGGCUCAUGUUGUAUUUAUCUCUUGUUUUGCUUUGUGCAUCUAGGUAGUCACAGACGGUUUGUACAUAAUGGGAAAAUUUGUAAUUGUAAUUUGUUACAUACAAAUCAAGUUGUAUUUCGAAUCA